CGUCUCCUACCGCGCCAGGGAGCGGCUCUCGGUCGCCGGCAUCGACGACACGCUGGAGCGGAUCCGCGCCGAGCGCAGCGCGGCCGGCCUGGGCGUAGGGGCUGGCGCGGGCGAGGCGUUUGCCGACCGCUACCGGCGCAGCCACAUCCCCGCCGUGUCGCGCUUUCCCCGGCGCUCCGCCUCUUUCACCCAGGACUACGACUACGGCCGGAGGGCCUUCGACAGCACCGCACGCGCGGACGCCCAGGAGCACAGGCGCGGCGAGGCGCACUCCGCCACCUCGCCGGAUAGGUCAGUGCUAGGAAAAUUUCUGCGCCAAGACUCACACCAGCCCGGCGGCCCUGUUCCGGAAGAGAAGACUGGUAGCACCACUUCGGAGUCCGCCGCCGCCAUCUCCGACGGAGUGGAUGCCGUGACGAGGAAAAAGACACGCAAGAUAUCGCGGUUCUUGCGCCCCGAUUUCUUCGACACGCCCAGAGAGGAAAGCGUGUACGCCAAGGAGAAAGAGGCUCAGAAAUCGGCGGAGGCGGAAGCUAAGAAGGCGAAGAGGCUGGCUAGGCGAGCUGCUCUGCUCGAGAAGAAGCAGGCAGAAAUGUCUAAGGAAACGAAAUCUGAGACCAAAACGCCCGACGGCCCAGCAGUCGGCGCCCCCCAGCAGAGUCCUGGUGACGCGCCAGCUCCCGAGUCUAGCGGUGUCGCCAACGGGAAACCUGAAACCGGUAAGAACCGCUUCCUGCAUUCGCUCGAGAAGAAACUGGAGAAGCUCCGUUCUGGCGGUGGAGACACCGCAGUGUCGAGUCGCGUGGAGCAGGCCAUCAACUCGCUGAGGAAGCAGAGUGCGACGACUGAUGUCCCGUCUGAGUCCGCACUGCUCAAGCGCGCCGUCUCUGUCGACGACGUCCGACUUCCGUCGUCCGCGAGACCCGUCUCGUCGGUGCUCGGACUGCUGCGGCGAAUGGAGGGUUCCUCAGGUAGGCGGACGCAGUCUGUGUAUGCUGGCGCCACGAGCGAUACUGUGCUAUUGGGUGACUGCGCCGCCAGAGAAAAGCAGAAGCCCGAGAGGAAGAGAAAGGACGCAAGCACGACAGCCUCUCUGCACAGUGCCGAGCCCUCGGCAGACCAACUUUUACCGGCAGUUGCCGGUGGAAUCGGGACUAAGAGGGAUCACAAGGUGCAGCCGAACAAGAGCACCAGGAAGGACGACAUCUCUGACCAAACUCAAUCUGACGGGAAGCGACAGACACAGAAGAUUCCCUUUGGGGACCAAUGUAACCGUAAAAAGGAAAACGUGGGCGUUCAAAACCCAUAUUCAGAAGAUAAAAGUGUCACUAAGGAUACAUCUACGAAUGACAAGUCAUCAAAAACAACAGAAAACGCAAAAUCAUCAUCAUGUGUAAGUUCCUCAAUCUCAGGAGCAGCCAAAUGUAACGAGAGUUCCAACACACGUGAUGUGCUGACAUCAUCUACAGGCGCCCAUCGCCAGUCAGCAAUCAGCAAUGCCCCUCUCAAGGUGAAAGAAGAAAACAUUUCCAAAACUAAAAGUCAAAACGCGAAGGAUAACGACGCUCUCACAUGCCCAAAUGCUGAAACAACUACAUCGGAACAGAAGAGUAUCAUCACCAAGCGAGCUCCCAACCAGAAAGCACAAUAUAACAAAAUAAAUGAAACUGUCAGACCUCUCUUGAGAGACGAUAAUUACAGCUGCAGUAGUUACGCCACUGGGAGUCCAGGAUAUGUGCCACGACUAUCGAAAGACAGUAGCAACGCCAUUGCUGCAGGGAACCUGACUCCUACAGAGUCAGUUAAACGCCAACUCGAACAAGAAGGGAAUAUAUUCAAUGAUGUUUCAGCAAACUGUAACCGGAGGGAUAUGGGGAAGCUCACACUAAAUUUACCAAAGAUAGAGCUGCAAGGCACCAACCACUACUCUCAUCUAAGUCCUCUUGGCCAGGAGGAUUACGCAUCAACACUAUCACCCGCGGACGAGUCGGAAAGCAUUGAUUCUUGGUCCCUUUGCUCCGAUUUGGAAAGUCGUGAUUUCUCCCUGUCCUCUUAUCCAAAGACGCCAUCUCCUGUACUGGAAGACGAAACAGUUGAAGAAAGGAUACGUCGCAAGAGUUUCUACACGCGGUUCAAUGAUAUAAGGAGGAAAAGUCACAGGAAAUCUUCCUCUGGACAUUUACUGGGGCUAAAAGAGAGUGUCUCAAGGAAGUCCAGCUUCUCAGAUGCGUCGUCGCUGGCUAUGCAUCCAAAGAAGGCCACACGCAGCCAGUCACUUUACAAUCCCAGCGAGAUAGAAGCAUUUACCGACAGUAAGGCCCCUACCUACGACUCGGGAUCAGUUAUGGAAGGCGUGAACAUCAUGAAUGCAACUACGCCAUCCGCACACACCAACACUGGGAUACUGCAGAAUGGAUGUGGCAAGAAGGAAUCAGCUCCCUCAGAUGCAGUUAACAGUGAUCGCGAUCCGCAGUUCGCUGCUUCAGCGCAGGACAGUGUCAGGCGUGAGAGUAGCAAGACCCGUCCUGAAAUUAAUGGCCAGAAAGAGGAUUCCCUUGAAAUCCGAACUGACAAUCAUAGAAUACCGACAGUUUCUCGAUCAAAACUGCCGACUCUCGACAGGAUGAAAAAGAGUGAAGUAGGUAGUGCUAAAUUCAAACCAAAUAAGUGAUAAGUGCAGCAUAACAAGAUCUAUUUAAAGUUGUUAAGAAUAAAAAUAUUACUUCGCACUGUGCAUUAAAAUAUUGUCUGCAACAGAAGAAUGGUUUGAAAACAAAUUGUUGACGUUGUUGAAUCCAGUACUCUUUCAAAUUUGAAAUAGAGUUUUUAUAUGCAAGUCAUUGUUUCUAAUUGUGAUAUUGGCUGUUAUAGAUUUGUCAGAUUUACAUUUCGAAGCGUUUCAUCAUCUACAGUCACAUGUGCUAAGAA